AUGUCUUCUACUCCCCGCGAGAUCGGGACUCUCAUUGUCGUCGUCUUGAAAGCUCGUCACUUACCCAACAAAAGACACAUCGGAAAGCAGGAUCCGUAUUGCGUCGUCGAGCUCAAUGGCGUCAAGUUCAAGACCAAGGCCAUCAAGCGCGGCGGCCAGCAUCCAGAAUGGGACGAAGAGUUUCGAUUCACGCUUCAUGAGGACACCGAAGAUGUGCUAGCGAGAACAACCAACGACGAUGGGAGCCCGCCGACGCCUCCACCAAAGAGCGACAAGACUCCAAGAAUCAAGGGUGCAAAGGCGAUGUCCGUGGCUUGCUACGCAGACGAUCCUCGCGAACCUGAUCUCAUUGGAGAGUCCUCGGUGGAUCUUACGGAAGUUCUGACCAAGGGCGAGACAGACGAGUGGUUCACAUUGAACCACAAAGACAAGUUCGCCGGUGAAGUCUAUCUCGAACUAACGUUCUGGUCGAAUGAACCCCCACCCGAGAAAAAGCCCAAGUCCAAGGCGAGCAGCGUCAGUAAGCAAUACGGUGGCCCAGGUUCCUUCAUACCAGCGGAUGGGCCGACAGGCGCGCAGGGUGUCCCGGGCUCCAGGAUUGUUUCCACCAGCGUUCUUCAGGACAGACCAAGGCAGGAACUAGACGCGAUGCCUGCUUCGUUGAGGGCAUCCAAUUCUCUUGCGCAGCUCGAUCUAUAUGUGCCUCCAUACGAGCAUCGACGCCCUUCGCCAGAAGGUCUCGCCAGUGACUUUGGUCAACUUGGUAUCAUGGACGAUGCUAGGCGCAGGGAAAGUUAUCCGGUAAGAGACCUCUUCGCACCUCUCCGUUCAGCGUCCUCAACGGAACAACGUCCGCAGCCACCUCAUGGUCGCAGACCCUCUACCUCUACAGGGUUCUCCACCAUCUCAGCUUACUCCCAGUACGAUCCCAGGGCAACUUAUCAGUCACCAACCGAAUACGAAUCCCAACCUCUGUACCAGACACCUUACGAAACGCCAUCCCAGUAUGUCCCAGAGGGUUAUCCGCCACAGACGGCGCGCGGCCCACGUUACAGCAUUCCACCGACAUCGUCAGGGUUUGUGCCUUUACAAUCCCACACGCCAGCGCCCAGCGUUUUCAAUCAGCCAUUGUACCCUCAAUCGACCUUUGCACCACCACCUUCACAGACGCCUCUUCCUUCCGCUUACCCUCCACCUUCCUUACCACCUACUUCUUCGUUCCAUCAGUUACCUCCACCACCACAGCCCUACCAAUAUCCCCAAUACGGCUCAGCGACGCCAGCACCACCGCAGAACUAUGCUCCGCCCCUCCCUGUUACUCCUCAACCACAGAUACACCAACAACCCUAUCAAUAUCACACCCCUUCACCGUCGCAUAAUGAUUCUCCCCCUCAACCUGGCUCUCUCUCGUCUAGCUAUGGUCCUGGAUCUAGACCACUUCCGCAGCCAACGCCCUCUCAAUCGCACUACUCGCCCCUUCCUCCUCCAGGAGGCGUGCCCCAGCAGGUCGGAUCGUAUGGUAGCCAAAAUGGCACUGCAUUCCACAACGUAUAUGCAUCCGUUCCACCACCACCGCCUCUCCCUUCUCUCCCCGUACCACCGCCACCACCAUUACCUCAACAGACCUACCAACCUCCUAAUCCGGGCCCACCGCCGCCGCUCCCUCCUUCCCAGCAGUCAAACAACUUGUCAAGGAGACGUACAAGCUUGCCUCAACCUCCUGUUAACCUCCAACAAGCGUUACAGGGCAUUCCUCCGCCUCCACCCCUUCCUAAUCCGCCAUCGAUGCCACCUUUGCCUCCAUCCCCCUCAUCCCACACACCUCCCAACAACGCUCAGCCACCCUACCCGGGUCCUCCCCCUCCCCCUCCUUCGUUCCCCGAGUCACAAUGGCAGCAGCCUCAGCAGGUCUACGCUCAGUCACAGUGGACUUGA